UUAAUAGGAAUGAUUGUAGCUAGCUAUUCAAAAACGUUACCUGGUUGAUACAAGUUGCUAGACUAUGCACGGAGCUAGCUCAGAUGGCAAGUGUCAACACUAAGCCGACACAACCGUGACACUCAACUGAACUCCUGUAUCGUUUCAAGAUGUACCACAAAGAGAAGAGCAUUCAGAUCAAAAGCAGCGCGUCCGCUCUGUACAACAACCUGAGUGUCCUGCGGAUAGCCCCGCGGAACCUCACUUACUUCUCUGUGGUCCAUGCCAACGUGGUCAACAUGGUCAGCGCGUCCUGGGACGGCCUCAACUAUUCUCACCGCCAGCUGCAGUCUAAGGAGGGCAACGUUGCCACCAGCUCAUCUCUCAUUAUGCAGGCCGCCUGGUGUGUCUUACCCUCACGUGAGCUCCUGGUGCUGACAUCUCAGAAGGGCAUUCAGAUGUAUGAGUCUGAUGGCUCCAUCAUGGUGUACUGGCACGCUCUCGACACUCCAGAAGCCCCAACAGCUCAGGCCGUGUUCGCCCGAGGGAUCGCAGCAGUGCGGGAAAAAUACAUCUGCGUGGGCGUGUCGUCAGGAGCCAUCCUGGUGUUUGACGUUCCCAGCAAAGGCAGCAACAUCACCCUGUCGGAGGUGCUGGAGGAGCACAAGGAGUCCAUCACCGACAUGGCCUCGGAAUGUUCUGGAAGCCUGGAGUGCAUCGCAGACAUGGUCAGUGCGGACGCCUCGGGCCUCCUCUGCGUGUGGAAGUCAGGGGAGGACUUCCAGCUGCUCAACAAAAUCCCCGGUUUUGAUAUGUGCUGCUCCUCCGUCAAGCUGUGGAAGGGGACGGUGGUGGCGGCCUAUGGCACGGGCCAGAUCCGUCUGUACGAGGCCGUGACGGGCAUCGUGCACGUGGAGGUGAACGCCCACGCGCGCUGGAUCUACUCUCUGGACAUCGCCCCCUUCUCUGGCCUGCUGCUGUCGGCCGCUGAGGACUCUUUUGUGAGGGUCUGGCACCUGACCAUGACCCCAGAGAGCAACAGUGUUGAGAUCGCCCACAUGUACAACGAGUGUGUGACAGACACCCAGAUCUGCGGGGCCAAGUUCUGCGACGGGGACGGCUACGCCUUCGCCGUGACGGGAUACGACCUGAGCGAGAUCAUUCGCUACACGCAGGCCUAGGGGACUGGCGGGGGGGGGGGGGGGGGUGUCUAGGCGUGUGAGUGUGAAAUGCUAACAGAGUGUUUUACCGUCUCUGUUGGGACUGGAGAACGUGUGACCUAGGAGAGACAGAAUGUAGGAAACAGGCCGUUCUUUAGAUUCCCCAUCCACCUUUCCGGAGAGGACCGGUUCUAAAGCUUGGCGUCUCCGGGUGGUCCGAUUGAAUGUUGUAAUCGUGUCGUCUUAGUGCAUACUGUAGGAGUACAGUAUGCACCAGAUGGACCAGGAACAACAGCAGUGAAUUAUGAAUGGUUUGACAUGGACCAAUAACUGAGGCACUCCUUUGAGGGUUUUCGAUUGGUUUAGGCGCGGUUCCAUGAGCAUAUGUGAAGCCCUCUGUGACAUUGCUUGUAAAAAAAAAAAGGGCUAUACAAAUCAGAUUUGAGGCCUAUUAUUCGGAGACCAAUCCCUAUGGAUUAUUACGCUGACACGUCCUCUCUGCGUUCAGACUAUCUGACCCGUGAGUGUGAAGGGGGAGAGACCAUGCAGAGUUCUGUGCUGACAUGGAAGGUGGAGACCACACUGUGAGCCGCGUACGUCGUGUCUCAGUACAGGAUACGACUGUUACAAGUUGGAGUAGGACGUUUACAUGUGCUGUACCUGUUGGAUGUUGAAGGUGUGAACGUGGGACAUUCCACAUGGAGUUUUAUGUGACGUUCCUUCGGUUGACGUGCCGUUUUGUUGUCGUCACUUUUUAAACGUAACUAUCAAACAAAUAAAUAUUUAUUGCUCGC